AUGGCCAUGUCAGCUUCCGGUACGUUCAUGGAUCCGUUCUUCAUCUUCCCGCGACAACGGAUGCAUGACGCACUGAUGGUUGGAGCUCCACCGGAGUCCAAAUUCGCUUGCAACUCCAGUGGGUGGAGUACUCUGGAGACGUUCUCUCAAUGGUUCGAUAGCUUCUUGAGGUGCUAUCGUCCUACAAAAGAAGAUCCGGUUUUACUAAUUCUAGAUGGCCAUUCAAGCCAUACUAGAAACCUGGAGGUUCUGGAGAAGGCAAGGGUCAACCACACCCGAAUUUUAUCAAUUCCGCCUCACACAUCUCAUAAGCUACAGCCACUUGAUGUGGCAUUUAUGGGUCCAUUUAAAGGAGCCUAUUCUGAAGCAUUAGAUAGGCUUCUUAAACGAAAUGGUGGGAAAGCAGAAACAAUAUACAACGUUGCUGCUUUGGUUAACGAGGCAUUCAAACAAACUGCCAAGAAGACCGUGGCUCAUAAUGAUUAUAAAACAACCGGUAUAAUGCCAUUUGACCGAAAUGUAUUUUCUGACGCUUAUUUUGCGGCUUCUGAUUCACUCAGGCGACCCUUUUAA